GUUAGGCUCGCGUGAGCCUGUGAAAGCGUGGCCCGACGACUGAAAGUCAUUUUCACUGCUACAAUCCGUGUUCCGCUUUAUAAACCAGCAUGUGAGUCUGAUGCUGCACUGCGCUGCUUCAACCGAAGGCCGGCUCCCGGAAUGACAGAACGAGAAACUUCAGACACACUCACUGCGCCAUCGCACUAUCCGGUCCGCCAUCGUCACGGUUCCUGGGCCUCUUCAACACUGAACAGAAGGCCGGCCCCUCGGCUGAGAGUUCGUGCUCUAAGCCAGCAGCAUUCAAACCCAUCCCAGACUGACGCAUUCAUUGAAACUCCCAUUGAUAACUUCGAGAGCGGAGAUUUGGUCAAUGCGGCGAAGCCAUCAACCACUGGCUGGAAUCUCGAAGUUCCUCCUCGGAAGUACCAAUAUGAAGUAUCGCGCAGCCCGAAGUCUAGCGAAAAGACUGUUGCUCAGCUCAGGCAGCGCUUUGAGCAGCGUUCGAGUCGAGAUGAGGGAGAUGCUGACAAUUUAGAAGGGCAGCACCGAGGCCACCGAAGGAGCAAGUCGGUCAGGUCGGCUCUCGUGCUUGUCAAUUGUCGAGAAGUUGAGCACCAAGCCAGCGUUGAUGAGGUCACAUCAGAGCGUGCGUACAUCCGUGUAUACUGCAGACUACACCUUUCGAUCGGAGCUGGCAGACAAACGUCUGCACUACAACGUUCCGGCGGACUUCAACAAAAAGAUGACAACGAGCGAAUUUUGGUCUGACGAUAUCCCACACGCACUUGUUGAUGAUUUAGUAGGUUCGGAAAUUGAUGUCAGAAUCAUCGACUGUGCGUACGUGCAUGCCACAAACAUGGCUUCCUCGCCUGCACCGGGCCAGAAACAUGUUCGUUUUGCUUCGAGAUCAGACCAUGCUCCUUCGGCGCACUACAAGUCAAGCUCAGAUGACUCGACUCGAAGCUCGACAACAGAUCUGAUCGACCUCGG